GGAUGCUCUGCACAAGCCAGCAGCUUCACUUCGCAUCGACAGAGUCAUCCUCCACCCUCCAUCCUCCAGCAGGUCUGUGCAGCUACAGUCGGCAUGUCGAACUCGGACAGGGUUGUGUUAGCUCUCGGAGGAGCGGGAAAAGUGGGCUCCGGGAUCGUUAAAGGACUGCUGGAUAAAGGUUUUAAAGUUGCAGUGAUCUCCAGGGACAGCAGCCGCCUGGAGAAACUCCGAUCGUUUGUCUCUCCCAACACAAAGGAUAACCUCACCACUAUAGUGGGAAAUGUGGGCUCAGAGGAGGAAGCCGAGCAGGCGAAGCAGGCCCUGCUGAAGGAGGUGGGGAAAGUCACCGACAUAGUUUCCUCUCUGGGCUUCAGCUGGUGGCAGGGAGGACCCCCACACACCCAGUCCCUCAAAGAUCUACACUGGGUAAUUGAGACGUUGCUUUUCAGCACAUUUGUGUCAUGGAAGGCCUUCUACCCCCUGGUGAGGGACGACUCCAACUGUACCUAUACGUUCAUCACAGGAGGAGCAGGAGAGAAGCUGCUGAUGCCUGGUACAGGCUUCCUCACAGUGGGCGCUGCCAGCACCCUGGCUUUCUGCCAUGUCCUCCGUGAGGAGUACCCCGAGGUGCCCUGCAAACUCAACCAGGUGAAGAUUAACACAGGUGUAGCCACUCCUGAUCACAUGGCGCCCGGCUUCCUCAAUCAUCUGGACCUUGGCGAGGCUGUUGCCGCCCUGAUCGAAAGACGGAACACCGCCCACAACGUUUUCACCAUCAACUGCCCUGCAGACUUAAAGAGCGUCCUUCUGGAGAGGAACCUUUAGACUCCAAAAAAAAAGACCCCACCUUCCUCCAGCCUCACCUGGACAGGAUCGCACUGCUUCUUCUCCUGCACUCUCCAGAAAUAGUCUCCUUUGAUUUCCUGUCAUACAACUCUGAAACCUUGCUAGGCGUUGCAUAUUUUCCUGCCUGUUCUCACAUCGUUAGCAAGUUUUCUCUCAGCAUGUGCUUUUUAUAGGAUAUGUAAGAAAACCAACGCCUUCUCCCUAUUAUCUGUUUCUGUGCGUUGUUACAUAGUCUGUUCUGCCAUCAACAGAAGACGUGACACACAGCUCCUUCUGCUAAAUAUUUUUGGUAUAAGUAGACGUCUUAAGGCCAAAUAAUCAGACAGAGCAGGUAAAGAAUGACUUCACAUUGAUAACGACUGUGGCCAAGUUAGCCAAGAUCGCAACAACUGGUCCAAAAUGUAAAUAUAUCUACAGACAGAGACUGUACUGAGUGGAAGUUUUGACCACUACGAGUUUAACAGAAUAAUGUUUUAAUAAACUAGCUCUACAUGCUAGCUCUACAGCAGCAUGCAGGUGGCUGUUACUACCAACAACGCCCCAAUGUCCAAACAUAGCUCUUAGGAAAUCGACGCAAACAGACAAAAAUCUUCUUUGUCUUCAACGAGGUCGCCGGGCCUCAAAGAAGCACUAAAUGUAACUGUGUUUCCAUGGCAACACCUCCCGGUACAGUUAAAAAGCUGAAGAGAACAAACUCUCACACUUCAGCUGUGGAUGUAUCUUGACAGACUUUUAUGGAAGCCCGUUUCUGCCACUAAAUAAAAACAAAAAAGCUAGUAUCCAUA